UGAUGUUCUUAUAAAUCAGAUCCUUCCGGUGGUGAAACAAUCGGACAAAUACGGAGGCGUUAUGCUUUGGUCUAGGUACUAUGAUCUCCUGAGUGGGUAUGGGGCAACCAUUAAGCCGUAUAUAUACAAGGAUGAGCUUAAUGUGGAAGAAUUAUUAGUCUCCUCUUCUUAAUUAAUUAAGAGAUGUAAUGUUGUGCUCUUAAGAUGCUGGGUUAUGAAAGAGUCCAAGUUAAUAUGUGGUGAUAAAUAAAAUUAGCGUUUUAAU